AUGCAACCCGGAUUCGGGGAACCCGCACUCCGCCACCAUUGCCGGAGAUCUGCGCUUGCGGUGACGAUGUACAAGAACACGAGGAAGAGGCUGAUGCCCAAGUCAGCGGUGCUUGUGCGGCGGUAUGAGCGACAGAUCAAGACGGUGUUUGUGGCGUUUCUGGCGGCGCUCAUGAUCAUGUUUCUGGCGCGGGAGCCCUACCUUGGCAUAGGCUCGGGCACGCGCAGCGACGCCAAGCUGCAGCCAGCCGCGGCCGAGCGGCUGCAGGGCGUCAGGGUGCUGGAGGACGCUGGCGAGCCCGUGCGCGCGGCAUUCGUGGUGCUCGCGCGCGAGGAGGACCUGUGGUCGCUGGUGACCUCGAUCCGGCACGUGGAGGACCGCUUCAACGCGCGCUACCACUACGACUGGGUCUUCGUCGGGGCGACGCCCCUGUCGGAGAAGUUCCAGACGGUGACGCGCAGCCUCGUGAGCGGGCGCGCACGCUUCUGCGUGGCGCAGGCGGCGGCGCGCGAGUACCCCCCCGCGGUGGAGAAGGAGCGCGCGGGCAAGGCGACCACAGCGCUGGCCGAGAGCGGCGUUUCGAUCGAACAAGUCCUGCUCUGGCGCUUCCACGCGGGCUACCUCGCGCUGCUGCCCGAGAUGCAGGAGUACGAAUACUACUGGUAUGUCGAGCCCGACAUCGAGCUGUACUGCGACAUCAACUACGACAUAUUCCGCUUCAUGAAGGCCCACCGCAAGCAGUUUGGCUUCAUCCUGGCCACCGAGGACCCGUCCGACUACUCGGCCCUGUGGACGGAGGCCACCGCGUUCGCAAAGCAGCGCGCGGACCUCCUGGCGCACGACAACCUGCGCAACUUCGUGUCUAACGACGGCGACACCUUCAACGGCUGCGUCUUCCGCGCGGGCUUCCAGGUCUCCUCACUUGACUUCUGGCGCUCCGACGCCUUCCGGGCCUUCUUCGAAGCCCUCGACGCGAGCGGCGGCUUCUUCUACAACCUCUGGACUGACGUCGCGGUCCAGACGCUCGCCGUCGCGCUGCUCAUGGACAGAAGAGACGUUCACUUUUUCGAUAGCAUCGGCCUCUACCACCGUGAGAUGCGCUCCUGCCCCUUCGAGCAGACGAUCAGGCGCCAGAACAAGUGCAUCUGCAACCCGGAGCAGGACCUGACCUGGGAAACCGGGUAUGUCUGCACCCGCAGGUUCAUGCAGGCCCGUGGACUCCAGCUGCCGAAAGGAAUACGCCGCGCUGCACGCGCUGUAUAG